UGAAAACAAAGUUAAGGGUGUGUUUAUUUGCUUUUGCCAUGGUAACAGUCCUGUGACGUUUGGGGCCAAAUCCCUGCAAACCGAAAAUCUGGCAAUGCUUCGCUCAGGCCCGAGGAAACUAAUGUGCGCCAUAAGUAUUGGAGGGUGCCCUUCCUAUCUGCUGCUCAUGUUUGCCGUCCUUUGCUUGUACUGGUCUCUUCAGUGAUAGUGCUAUUUUAAGUAAUUCUUUCUAAUUGGUUUUAAAGGGACUCAUCUUCUGUCGCCUUCAAUAUGCAUUUAAAGAGGUGGAUGUUCACUCUAUCUCUCUUGCUGAUUUACAAACAAAGGACAGGCAUUUGUAAUGGGAUUACCUGCGACACCAGUGAGUGGCCAGCUCCCAACAACGGACAGACAUCUUGUGCAGGCCAACCACAGGUAGAUCCUGGGACACUUUGUGAGAUCACCUGUGACGAGGGGUAUGAAGUAAUUGGGAAAUCAAGCUCUACUUGUGGCAGUGAGGGGGAAUGGGAUCCCAGGACUACAGCAAGCUGUAAAGUGCGUGAAUGUCAACCAUUAACCGAGCCGGAUCAUGGGCAAAUUACUCCUUACAUGUGCAAAAUCAAGCCUUUGCAUGGGUUGACGUGUCUAUAUGAAUGUAGGCCAGGAUUCAGAGUCAUUGGACCCAACUCAAGCAAGUGCGAUAAUGGAAACUGGACACAUGGAGGGUUCUUUUGUCAAGAUCUAGAAGCCCCUUCAUUUGGUGAAACCUGCCCACUUGCGCGGAGUGUUCUUGCUGACGAAGGUAAAACGUCGGCCACAAUAAGCUGGGAACCAGUCAUAGCCUCUGAUAAUGAUCAGGCCAUCGUGACUGUGACUCCUCACGUGACCUCUCCGCACAUUUUUUCUGAGGGAAGCCAUUCCGUAACCUACACAGCAACUGAUCCAUCCGGGAACGUGAAGUUUUGUUACUUUCAAGUCACUGUCCAAGUACUGCGAUGCCCCGUUCUAUCCGCCCCCGUAAAUGGAGUACUAGAGAACGCUGCUUGUGGAAACGUUUAUGGUAGAACCUGCCGCUUGACGUGCAAUAAAGGAUAUGAAAUAAAAGGGUCUAAAGAAAGAAAAUGUGACAAAAAGUCUAGGACAAAUGUAGUAGGCUGGACGGGAAAUGAUACUCACUGUGAAGCUAUCCAUUGCCCUGCCCUGGCUGAUCCAGUAAACUCAGUUAAAUCAGGUUAUGGUUGUGCUGGUGCAUCCUCUACAUACGGCACUUCUUGUUUCUUCACUUGCAUGACGGGAUACUACAUGGUGAGCGGAUCGCAGAAACGAACAUGUUUGCACACUGGGACUUGGAGUGGAACCCAACUUCGAUGCAAGGGUAUGAAGUAAAGGAUUUCUUUGC